AUGAUCAAUUUUUAAAUUUAGUCUCAAAGUCAAAAUAAAAAAUACAUUGAUUAAAAUAAUUAAAAUAUUUCUUAAACAAUAAAAAAACAACAAAAUCUAUUGAAGAGUAAAAAAAGACAGAGUAAAAAAUAAACUCUCUUAAAGAAUUUAUUAAAAUCACUCACUUUAUGGUACUAAAGAUAAGGAAGAAAAGAGAUUUACAUUUUAAAAAUAAUAUAUUUUAGAAGAUCAAGAAGAGGAUUUAAAAAAUUAAAAAGAGGAAAAACUAGAUAGAAAACAUAAAAGUUACUUUAUAAGUUUUUAAUAGCAUAAAUUUAAUUAGUUAUCAUAUUGUUAAAAUUAAAAAUUAUUAAAUAUGAAAAAACAAACAAAACCAAUUCAGUAUAAUGGAAGAAUAAAUAUUAAAAUAAGAAAAAAGAUAUUAAUUAAAUAGCAAAAUAAAAAGUGAAACACUAUUUAUUUAAAUUUUUAAAAUAAUUUUUAAUUCAAAAUUAAUGA